AUGGAGAUCGGCGAAAGCAUGGUUACCAAAAUCUUGAUCGACACAGGUAGUUCGGUAAACGUCAUUUUCAAAGACGUGCUCAUUCAAAUGGAAAUCGACUUGCGGACCACCGAACACGAUGUUCAACCCCUCACCGGAUUCGACGGUGACACGGUUAUGACGGAGGGUACGAUCAUGCUGCCGGUCUAUGUGGGCGGGACGAUGCAUUGCAUCAACUUCGCUAUCGUCGACAAGCCGAUCGUAUACAACGUCAUCCUCGGCACUCCUUGGUUGCAUAAGAUGAAGGCCGUGGCGUCAACUUACCACCAGUGCGUAAAGUUCCCAACUCCUAGAGGAAUAUUUACACUACAAGGGGACCCGCUGGUAGCACGAACCUGCUUCAUCAUCGAGCGUAACAACGCCACGCUCGGACGUUCACCGUUUCGGACUCAGCCGAGCGCCAAGACAGUCGUGUUCGCCCUAACUCUGAAUCAAUCGUCCAAGUAA